AUGAAACGGGCUAUCACGCCGUAUCAACCGCCAAAUCCUGAUGGCCAAUCGCCUAUACCAAAUCUGACUCAACAAACACCCGUCAAUCAGGUCAUUCGAACUCGUGAGCCUACUGAAAGACCGCCUGAGCUACCUCAAGCUCAUCCUAUUCAGCACCAGCAACCUCCGCCUCGCUAUGAAAACGAAAGGCCAAGUUUAUGGCAAAGACUAAGAGGAAAUAGAGGCUCUAAUCAAGAUAAAGGAAAAGGAAAAAUGAAUGAGAAGGAAGAAGAGCAAGAGUUAAUCAAAAAGACAGGGAAACGAAAGCACCCAGAAGCAGCAGCAAACGAUCAUGAAGCCGGUACUAGCGGCACUAAAACACCGGAGGAGAAAAAGAAAAAAGGAUUCUGGACAAGAGUUUCUGAAAGUGAUGGCAGUAUCCGGUUUCGCUAUCGUAUUAAAGCUCAAUGUGAAAGGGAAGCGAAAGCCGGAGAAGCUCUUCUAAGUAUUGUAGGGGCAGGUGCUUAUGGCGCUUACAAGGGUGCAGAAGCAGUUGUGAAAGGCGUUUAUAAUGCAGGAGCAGCUGCUGGAAAUAAAGUUAAGAAUGGUUGUAAUGCAGCUUGUAGAGCAGCAAGAAAUCGGGCUACUCGCUUGCGAGAACGUAUCAUUGGCAUACCUUCAUCAAGAUUAACGAGACAAGCAUAUCGGCAUGAAAUGAAUCUAUCAAACCGUCAAAAUUUUGAGAUGGAAAAUCGUCAAUUACUUCGAAUUCAACGCGAACGCAAUCGUCAACAGCUUAUACAGAAUCGUGCAGCCCAUCAACCUAGUCAUUCUACUACUCGUAUACGGCCUCGAGUAGUACAUCGUCCGCAGUAUUCUUCUUCUAACCUUUCCACUUCCAGCGUUGGUACUACAAUGACUCAUGACAAUUCCGUCAGUCAGCAUAAAUAUCAAGCGACAAGUUCAGAUAGCAGUAGCGAUGCUUCAUCAGCCAGCUCAGGUACAGUUUCCCGAUCUAGAUCAACAUCAUCUCGCAGAAAUCCAAGUCAUACUUCGGGUAGGGGGAGAAGGGGUAUCACGCCGUACCAACCGCCAAAUCCUAACGGUCAAUCGCCUAUGCCAAAUCCGAAUCAACAGACAACCGUCAAUCAAGCUAUUCGAAUCCGUGAACCUACUGAUAGACCACCUGAAUUACCUCAAGCUCAUCCUAUUCAACAUAAUGAGCCGGCACCACGUUAUGAGCAAGCAAAUGUGUGGCAAAGACUGCGGGGGAAUAGAGGGAAUCAGAUUAAAUUAAAUGAGGAUAAAGGCAAAGGCAAAGUAAAUGAGAAAGAAGAAGAGCAAGAACGAUCUAAGUUGGGAAAACGAAAGCAUCCGGAAAGAGGAGCAAAUGAUCAUGAAGCUGGUACGAGCGGAACAAGGCUAUCAGAAGAAAGGAAGAAGAAGAAAGGCUUUUGGACAAAAACUUCGGGGCGUAAAACUGGUGAUGAUCGUAAUUAUUAUCGUUAUCGUUAUGGACGCUCUGACUCUCAACGUAAAAGGGAUGCCGAAGCAGGAAACGCUGUAUUCACUGUUAUAGGUGCAGGUAUCUAUGGCCUUUAUCGAGGUGCAGAAGCGGCUGUUGAAAGGGUCUAUGAUGCGGGUGCAGCUGCUGGAAAUAAGAUAAAGGAUGGCUGUAAUGCAGCAUGCAGAGCAGCAAGAGAUCGUACAGCGAGAUUGCGUAAUCGGAUCUUAGGAAGACAUGAUGAACGUGCAAGUCAUCCAGCUAGAAAUCACCAAAGUGGAGAUCACCAGCCCAGGUACCGCUUUGAUCUAAAUCGCGAACCGCAUCCACGUCACAGUGAUUAUCGACGACUACACCAUUCUUUUAGCUCAAGUUCUGCAUCAUAUCAAAGCUUACACAGUUGGGAUUUCGGAUACAAUAAUCAUUUCCAUCCGAUUCAUCAACAGCAUUCUCUUUCUACUCAUUCUGCUUCUAGUUAUGGAGCUGCAGUGACAGAUGAGGGUUCUGUCAACCAGCAUACCGGCCACAAUCGCAGUAUAAUCUAUACACAUAGACAAUCAUCGGAUAGCAGCAGUCGAUCUGUUCAUACUUCAUCUAGUGAUACAUCUUCUGCCAAUCAGGGAUCAAUGUCCGGUUCUAAUAACGUCUCUUCACGCAAAAGUUCAAGUCUGCAAAGUCUUUCAAACGCUCCUGUUUUGUCAAAACGUGCAUACCCAGAUUCGCCAACGGCAUCUGAUGUCUCUACCGAUGAUGAUGGUCGUGCUCAAAGAGUCCCGGCAGGUGCAAGACAUAAUGCUGGCCGGCAAGCUUUUGUAAGACAACGGCCUCGCUUUCGUCCUUAUCAAAGUCAUCAUGAACGAUAUUUACCUACUGCAAGACGUAAUGAUCGUUCUGUAGAGAGCACAAGACGGAAUGAUGAUCAUGUUGCACCAGCUGCAAAAUCAAACGAUUAUUUUGCUCUUGUUGCAGCAAGACGGAACGAACGUCCUACAACUGCUGCUGAGCAUAGUAGGCAUUAUGCACCACCUGCAACACAAAUCCAUGAUGCUGUAGUCAGAAAACCUAGAAGCAGACCACAAAACGUACAGGUUGGCGAACGAGCCAAACAACAAAGUGAACCAACUGAGCAGGCAGCAUUACAUCCAAAGACCUCUUCCCGUUUGGUAAAGGUAUUUGCGGGCGAGAAAAGACUGAAUCUGAUCAAAACGAUCCAGAACAAGCGAUUGGCUGAUCCAAUGGCUAACGAUCACGAAGCAAGUACGAGUGGAACGGCAACAGUUCCUAUACCGAAGAAGAAGAGGGUGACUUCCAAUCAAAGGAGCGAACGUAACUCAAAGCGUCGAAAGUCAUCUUUGGACCAAGACGUAAAGGAUGGAAUUGUUUCUGGGGGUGUUAAAAUAUACAAUGAUGCGAAGAAGACUUUAAAAGAGUAUUGCGAUACUGCUUGUCAACGAGCUCGACAAAAAGUAGCAGGAUUACGCGAUAGGCUAAUGGGCAGAAGAAGACCUCAACCUGAUAGCCAUUCUACUGCUGAAAGAAGAAUGGCAAAACGGAAAGGAAAACAAGAAUGAUUUCUUGACGAUACGGUACCAAAAAGGAGACCAGAGGAUGG